AUGAUCCCGAUGGAAGUGUCGCCGGCCGAUCAUACUUACUUCUGGUCCCGUAAUCCAGAGAAUAAGGGCUCGGAACCGCAUGGGCUUCAUAACGGGCAUUUCAAGGCUGGGAUUUAUUCCUCCAUGGUGGCCCAAUGCGACGCUCUCUUCCGCCACAUACCCUUGACAACUGGGUUUGUCCCUGACAACUGGCGGCAUCUGAUGAAUUUUGCUAUUGAAAAGAAGCCAGGCGACUUUCGGCUGACAAAAAUGCGUACAAUUCAGCUCAUGAAUUCUGAAUCCCAAGCAAACUACAAGAAAAUGGGCCGCCUGGCCAUGGCCUACGGCGAAGAACAUCACCUCUUGGCCGAUGGACAGUGCGGGUCUAGAAAGCACCAUCAAGCGAUCGAUCUUGCCCUGUCUAAACGUCUUGUGUGGGAUCUUCUGAUUCUCCAGCGCCGCUCGGCGGGGUGGAUUUCAAAUGACGCAAAGUCAUGUUUUGAUCGGGUCGUCCAUUGGGUUGCGGUGUUAGCUAUGAUGCGCCUGGCGAUUACUUGGAAUGCGUUGCGCAUGAUGUUUGACACUCUCGCAGCGUCCACGCACCGAGUGCGUACAGGCUUUGGUGACUCCGAAGAGAGCUUUCACCCCCCUUCCAUGGUACCAUUUCAGGGUUGCGGCCAGGGCAACGGAGCGGGCCCGCCCAUUUGGGUCUCCGUUAGCUCCGUUAUCAUCCAGAUGAUGACCGCGAUGGGCUUCGGCUUCGAAUGUCUCACUGCGAUUGAUUCUCAACUGAUCACCUCUCAGUGCUUCUGCUUCGUCGACGACACGGAUGUGAUCGAAGCGGGCAAGUCCGUGGAACAAUCUGGCGAGGAUAUAUGCCACUCCGUCCAACAAGCGGCUUCCACGUGGGCUGGAGGCAUUAGUGCUACUGGAGGGGCAAUUAAUCCAGAAAAGUCCUUUUGGUGGUUGAUUGACUUUGUGUGGGACUCCAGAGAGGGCAAAUGGAGGUUCCGCCGGACACACCAACUCCUACCGGAUCAUCCAUUACAAAUACCGGGACUGACUGGCGAAUUGGAAGCCUUACGCCGUCUGGAGCCGGAUGAGGCAGAGAAAACCUUGGGGGUCAUGUUGGCCCCAUUGGAAGAUCAACAUGCUCACGUCGUCCAUCUCAAGAGUAUCGCCAAAAAGUGGGCUGAGCAAGUGCGCUCGGGGCAUCUACACAAAUACGAUGUCAUUCCCCUGAUCAAGACAACAGUGAUGAAAUCCCUGGAAUAUCCUAUGGUGUUAACUACACUGGAUGCUGCGACAUGGGUGUCAAUUAUGAGUCCUGUUCUCCAAGUCUGCCUGCCGAAGGCCGGCAUAUGUAGGA